UCUUUGCCCCUACCUUCAAUCUUAUCUCGUUGACUAUUACACGUUUGAUUUUUGUUCCCCCUUGACCUUUUCUCUGGAGCGGUUAUCUUCUGCACUGGGUAUCUGUUCUUGGGUGAUGAAUAGUUCCCAGUUCUGCUUCAGGAGAUUUAAUAUCUAAGAAAUGGCUGGUUAUGAUAGAGAUGAGGUACCAGUGCUAUCAGAUGACAAUCCAGAUUCUCGAUUUCAAACAUUUCUUUCCAGGACUCGGAGUGCUUCAAUUUCUAUUCCAAUGAACUCCAUAGAGUCUUAUGAAAGUACUGCUAACCUUGUAGGCCAUACUGGCCCCCUGCGGAAUGAAAGAAGAAUUCCAUUCAUACAGAUGAGUGGUCCAUUAUAUAUUAACCGAAAGCCUGGAAAUUCUUAUUAUCCAUAUCAAGGUGCAACAGGUCAUCAAUUGGUUGAACCUAAGGUAGAAAAGUUUCCUUCUUUUAAUGAGGCAGAUCAGAAUGAUUGGUCAGAUGAUAACAAAGCUGGCAAAAAUGAGCAUUUACUGAGAUCUGGACAAUUGGGAAUGUGCAACGAUCCUUACUGCACAACUUGCCCAACAUUUUACAAUUUCAAUGCAGUGCAACCAAAUUACUCAAAGCCUCCGGGUAUCUUUGAUUCAAAGUUCCAUAAUGCUCUCUAUGGGGAUGCUAAAGGUCGGGCUAGGAGAUUUAUGUCUUUUCUGCAUUCAUAUGUUCCUGGGGUCAUGAACCCUCAUGCCAAGGUUGUUCAACAAUGGAACCAGUUUUUUGUCAUUUCAUGCUUGGUGGCAAUCUUUGUGGACCCAUUGUUUUUUUUGUUGCUGUCUACUGAGAAGAAAAAUAAAUGCAUAGUUAUUGAUUGGCCCAUGACUACAACACUUGUGGUAUUUAGAAGCAUAACAGAUAUUAUAUACCUGCUUAACAUGCUUCUUCAGUUCAGAUUGGCUUAUGUAAAUCCUGAAUCUAGAGUGGUUGGUACUGGGAUGUUAGUUGACCAUCCAAAGAUGAUUGCUACAAAUUACCUUCGUGGAUACUUUGUCAUUGACUUGUUUGUGGUAUUACCACUUCCACAAAUCAUUAUUUUAUCAGUCCUGCCAAAGGUUUUGGGGUUUUCUGGGGCAAAUAUUGCAAAAAAUCUUCUACGUGCGGCAAUUCUUUUUCAGUAUAUCCCCAGACUGUAUAGAUUUCUACGUCUGCUUGCUGGCCAAUCUCCAAGGGGUUUCUUGUUUGAGUCAGCAUGGGCGAAUAUUGUCAUAAAUCUUCUAACGUUUAUCUUGUCUGGCCAUGUUGUUGGUUCAUGCUGGUACCUCUUAGGAUUACAGAGGGUUAACCAGUGUCUCCGAGAUGCCUGCCAUGACUCUGGAAUCAAGGAUUGUAUGAAGUUUAUUGAUUGUGGGAAUGGAAUUAUCAAUUAUGAUUCAAACCAAUGGAGGGGGAAUUGGAAUAGCUAUGGAAAAGCUGCUGCUUGUUUUACAAAAGAUGAAUUUGACUACGGAAUAUACGUCAAAACUGUCAACCUUACUACAGAUGGAAAUAUCUUUACUAGAUAUACGUACUCUUUCUUUUGGGGAUUCCAGCAAAUCAGUACUCUGGGUGGAAAUCUAGCUCCAAGCUACUUUGUCUGGGAAGUUCUUUUUACCAUGACCAUAAUUGGACUUGGCCUCUUGCUUUUUGCCCUUUUGAUUGGAAAUAUGCAGAAUUUUCUCCAAGCAAUUGGGCGCAGGCGGUUAGAAAUGACACUAAGACGCCGUGACAUCGAGCAAUGGAUGAGCCACAGACGUCUGCCACAGGAACUUAGGAGGAGAGUAAGAGAAGCUGAACGAUAUAAUUGGGCCACCACCAGAGGGGUAAAGGAAGAGAUACUUUUUGAGAAUUUACCUGAAGACCUUCAAAGAGAUAUAAGACGCCAUCUCUUCAAAUUUGUAAAAAAGGUUCGAAUUUUUGCCCUGAUGGAUGAUCGUAUUUUAGAUGCUAUCUGUGAGAGACUACAACAAACGACCUACAUCAAAGAAAGUAUAGUUUUAUGUCCUGAUAGUCUUAUUGAGAAGAUGUUUUUAAUUGUGCGUGGAAAAAUGGAAAGCAUUGGGGAGGAUGGUAGCAGAGUUCCUUUAGCUGAGGGGGAUGUUUGUGGUGAGGAACUUCUCACAUGGUGUCUUGAGCAUUUCUCAGUUAACAGAGAUGGAAAAAGAAUCAUGAUUCCUGGACAACGGUUGCUUAGCAAUAGAACAGUACGAUGUUUGACAAAUGUUGUAGCAUUUUCCCUUCGAGCUGCAGAUCUCCAAGAAGUUACCAGUCUUUUCUCCAGACUCUUGCGUAACCCUUGCGUUCAAGGAGCCAUAAGGCAUGAAUCGCCUUACUGGAGAAGCCUUGCAGCUACCAGCAUACAAGUGGCUUGGAGAUACAGGAAGAAACGUCAAUCCAUUCAUUUGUCAGGAUAGUUAGGUUUACACACAUAAAGCUAGAGACCCCAAGGUUCCAUUUUUGCAUGCAAGUGGUAGAAAUAAUACACAGUAGAUCAUGUUCAUUAUGUAUUCUAGCUGUAUCCAUAGAUGUUAGUGUUGUUAUGCAAUGUAAUACAAGAAACUAGGAAACAGGCGACAGGGACUUGAGAUCUGAGGCUAAACAGUUGGGAUGUAAGUUUUCUGUUGUAUAAAAUGAAAACCAAAGAUGGUGAAUGAAAUUAAUAUUGGACCAUCUGUUUGAAUAUAUAUCAGCAAAUGUAUUAAAGUGUUGUAAAAGCGGCCACCGGGGGGCGACCUGCCUUCCCCGUUAGGUUAACCUACUGCUAUAACUAUCAAUAUAUGACAUUAUUUAUG